UGAUGAUAGUGGUGGUGAUAGUGAUGGUGGUGAUGAUAGUGAUGGUGAUGACGAUGAUAGUGGUGGUGAUGGUAAUGAUAGUGAUGGUGAUGGUGGUGAUGGUGAUGAAGGUGGCAAACUAGGAUGCCCACCAAAGUUCAUAAGUAUAAUAAAGAAGCUAUAUUCUGAUGUUCAUGCUAGGCUAAUCGUAGACGGAGAGCUAACUCGAGCAUUUGAAUACAACUGUGGUGUCAAGCAAGGAUGUAAGUUAGCACCAACUCUAUUCGGCAUCUAUGCUGCUGUCCUGCUCUGGUUGGCCUUUAAUAAAAUUGAACAUACCUGCAGUAUCAAGAUAAGAUUCCGAUUUGAUGGUAAUCUCUUCGAUCUUCGCAGGCUCAAAGCAAAAACAAAAGUCCUUACGGAAUUCAUCAGGGAGGCACAGUACGCUGACGAUAUCGCCUUAUUUAGCGAUACCCCAGAGGGUCUGCAGUCUUUACUUACAUCGUACAAUGAACUUGCUAAGAGAAUGGGGAUGCGCAUUAACACAAAAAAGACGGAGACUAUGUGUAUUGGUAAUACUGCCGACUUUUAUGUUGAUGGUAUUAUGCUGGUCAAUGUUACUCACUUUAAAUACCUUGGUAGUAUCCUGUCAAGUGACUGCUCAAUGAGAGCGGAGCUCACAUCUCGUAUACAAGCUGUAUCAUGUGCUUAUGGUCGCCUUCGAAAGAGAGUUUUCGACUCACGUGAUCUCACUGUACCAACCAAGAUCGCUGUUUAUAAUCAAUGUCUAAUGCCUCUUUUAUUGUACGGUAGUGAGACAUGGACUGUAUAUCAGCAUGAAGUUAGAGAACUUCGUACUCUGCAACAACGCCAUUUACGCCUAAUCCUCAAGAUCAAGUGGGAUGACUAUAUAAGCAAUGAAGACGUCCUCCGUCGUGCAAAUGUAGAUGAUAUUGAAACAAAAUUAGCUAGAAAUCGUCUCCGCUGGCUUGGUCACCUCUGCCGAAUGGACGAUGACAGAGUGCCUAAGCAGCUGUUAUUUUCGGAGCUAGAACAAGGGUCUCGCGCAGUUGGUCGUCCUAAACUAAGAUUCAAGGACAUUUUGAAAAAAGACCUCAAAAUUGGAUGCGUCCUUGAAGCGUGGAACUAUCAUGUACAUAAUAGAAAGGAAUGGAGGGCGAUCACAAAUAACAUCUGCACGUCAUACGACAAAAGAAGAUAUGAAACCUAUUUAAAACAAAGGGAAGCUCGCCGUAAAAGGGCGGAGAACAGUUAAAUACAAACUGUGUUAUACCCGUUCGCGGGUGCAGGCGCUUAUAUAUAUGGUGAUGAUGAUGAUGCAAAAUCAGAAUGGUAGUGAAGAACUGGCUGCAUGUAAAUCUGAACUGGAGAAAGCGAAGGAGGAGAUCGAGAAGGCCUGGGCAUUAUACGACAAAGAGAAAGAUUGCCUGGAGAAAAUCAACUGGCAAAUGACAGAGACAAGCGACAGACUUCAAGAUGUAACUCAGGAGUCCAGUUCAUCAUCAAUCAAGUCCAAAUCCGCACAGGAGCUUGAGACGGAAAACCGGCGCGCGCAUUCCAGUUGGCUAUCUCCUUCCAAGACCAAGGACUUAAUGGAAAAGGAGUCCCCACGAGCAAUUCCAAGACCAAUGUGAACAACAAUAGAUCUCUGUGGACCCCACUGACACAAUUCCUAGACCAAUGCAAACAGCAAUAAGCGGUCCCUGUCAAUAUAACAGUUUUAUUGUAUUUUGACCACGAAACAGAAGUUGGCAUCAGAAGUCUUGUUUUGAAAGAAAUAAAGUUAUAAUUCCUGAAAGAAACAGUAUGCAAGAAAAACAAAGAAACAAUUGUACAAAGCAUAUUGACAAACAUCUAUUUCAAAUAAGGUUGCACUCGAAGAAUCCUUGUAUCGUAAAUAAAUCGAAUCCUGGUCUCUGAAAACCACUUGAUUUUGAUUCACGCAUGCAUACACUAAUUCAUUUUAUUUUUACUUGGUUUUGUUUAUAUUUAAUUUUAUUCGCUUAUUUAUUUGAUACCCAUGAAGCACCGCGGGCUACGACAUAUGGAUUCUCCGAAUGGAACCUUAUUCGUUAUAGGUGCAAACAGGACAUAUAUUGUUUUUAAUAAAUAACCAUAUCAAUCA